AUGGCGGACCCGUCCGCUUCUGCAUAUGUGGAGAACACCAGAGCCUGGCAGAAACUCUCGCUGUGGACUGCUGAACAGUUUCAAUACGCCGUCAACGUCACCAAGCUCACCCCUUCCAUCGAAGACUUGAUAUGGGCUGGCCCGAGAAUAGUAAAAAAGCUCACGGCUUACCUUCCAUUUCCCGACUCACUUGACGCCUUAGGCCAGAGAGUCAUUCCCGAAGCGACGGAAACCGCGAUCCUACACACCACCGACGCCGCCGCGACUGCUGCUUUUAGCAUGAAUAUACCCCCGCAUCUAGAACAUUCCCACGGGAUCGGCGCUGAAACUGGGCCUGCGGUAUUGUUGGAUCACGAGCCUGGGGUCGCUGGCCCCAAGUUCACGAUGGAAGGCGCAAAGGGCCUCGGUAGCGUUUUCAGCUAUGCCACGAGCAAGUGGGCCCUUUGCUGUAUCGCGAUGGCCAUCGUUCUCAACCGCACACAUAUUUUCGCCGCUACGAGGCGCCGUCUACGCCUGAACUGGCCCAUUCGGCUGAUCUUGCGCAGCCUUCCCGUUUUACUCUUUCUGGUCCAAGCUCGCGGCCUUUUACGCUCCAUUCAGUGUCAAACGUCUCCCGACUUCGCGGAAUUGCGUUGGGGCAAUACUAGCAAAAGUUCUGAGUUGAUGUUUUCUCAAGCUGGCGGAUUCCUUCAUACCAUGAGCUCCACUCUCUUGCUGGGAGCCUCGGAUGAGGAGUCUUGUAUGGCGGUCGGCAUGGUGCCUACGGAAGAUGAUGACUUGGCCCAGGAUUUGCGAGGGUCCUUGUCUCUAUUGUGGCCUUUGUUUGGGACAUUCUGUUUGAGCCAAUUUCUCGAGACACUUUCGUGCGCGGUCCAGGGUCGGCCUGUCUCGGCCGAGACGGGCAUGACGCUUUUCGAACACUCUCUCGCUUUCGCCGAAGCUGAUGCUGCGAUAAGUAAUCAGCUUGGCUGGGGACUUUUUACUCAAGCAAAAGCAGCUGAGACUAACUCGAAUGCCGCCAGCAGUAUUGCCAUUAGUCGCUCGAUGAUUCUUCGACGGGUGAACACCCCCCCUGAAGUUCUCUUGGUAGCUUUUCUAUCUACCAUGAGCCACAUCACCAGCCAUGUAUUGGGCAUCUUUAAUCUACAAUCAAGAUUUCGCCUUAUUAGUACAGGUUUUUGGGGGCUUUGUUUCAUGGCGAGCAUUAUUUGGAGUGCAGUGACCUUCUCUUUGGACAACCCUGCCAAGCAAGGGCUACUGCGGUUCCCGACAGUUUGCAUCAUCGGUUUCAUUCCUCAUGUCCUCGUACUCGGCGGCAUACUCAUUUGUUUCUUCAUCUAUCUUCUCGCUCUGGGCUUAGCGGCCUUCACACCGACAGAAGGGCCUACAGGCCAACGCCUUACACUUCAAAACCGACUGACGCAGGCUCAUGAAAAUAUGCAAGCCAACCUCUCCCUGUCAGAUAUUCGCAUAACCAUGGAGAUGGACUUCUAUACGGCUUUGCUACGAACUGGGUUUGGUGCAAUCACCAUGGCUAGCGAAGCAGUAUAUUUAAAUGAGGACCGAGACGUGAAUUUGAGACCACACACAUGGCUUGAGGAAGAAAGGUUCCAAGAGCUCGAAGAGUUGCGAGCGCAGUGGAUUGGUACCAGUGCUUCCGAUUCCCAGUAUGACGCUAUUGGCACCAUCGGAUUGGUUCCUGUAAAGGACGACCAUUCUCUCACAACAAACGGCUAUACUCGUGAACGAGCAGCACAGAAGGUACCCAAGUCUCGCUCAGGCGAGCGGAGGGUGAGAGAUGGAGUUGGUGCUGCGGAAAGAAGCGGCAGAUGGCUUAUGGCAUUGGACUUCCUCAUGAAUAUCAACAGAUUGAUACUUCGAGCUUGGGCCACUGCCACUCUCAAGAUUCUCUCCAAAGUGGGCCUCCGGUCGCCACAGUUUUUGCUUUGGAUAGCUCAACGACCAAAGGCUGCCAGUGAUGCCAGGGUCAGCAAACGCAAUAACGAUGUAAAUCAUACGGAUAUUCUGGCGAGCUUUGUUGAAUCUAGCACAGACAUUCCCAAGAGCGAUGCCGUGGAUGUCGAGUCUGAGUUCAGAAAACAGGCGAGGAAGGGUGAAAGCUUGGCACCUGUUGACGAAGCUGACCUCGAUUUGCGACUCUAUGGGUGGUGGCUAAAAGGUGGCUGGUGGGGUUCGACAGAUAACAGCGGUGAAUACCAACCGGAAGGGCUCAGUGAAAACGAUGAUACCACAAGCGUCAUAUCUCUUGAUACCAACAGCGAAAGCGAGUGGGAGUCGGAAGAAGAUGGUCAAAGGACACCAACGCAGUCCAGAUCCUGGGCUUCUCGAGAAGCUACACCUACACCGGAGGAUGCAUUGCAACUGUCUGACUUAGCACGCCUGCUACACCCUAGCAACCCUGAGGAUCGAGAGGAGGCGCACGCGCUGGCUGCGCACUUGAAUUGCGACAAAAUUAUGACUCGGUCUCAAUACAAGAGGUCGCAACAUCAACAGAGGACAAGAAUAUUGCAUCCGGCUGGACCCACGAGCCGCGUUGUCGUGCGACCAAAUAAGAUGACGCCUGACGAGGAGGCCCAGCGUCUAGAGCAGAUGCUCCUAUCUCGCCGAUCGAAAACCCAUCAUUCUCCUAGUCGCAAUUCGACCUGGGCUGAAGGAGCCGCCGGCCUAGGUCCUGAUGGUCCUCAAUGUGUGGUCUGUCAAAGUUCCCCUAGAACUAUUAUUGUGUGGCCUUGCCGUUGCUUAAGCCUCUGCGACGAUUGCAGGGUGUCUUUGGCAAUGAAUAACUUUGACAAAUGCGUUUGCUGUCGCAGAGAAGUCAUCAGCUUCAGCAGGAUCUAUGUGCCGUAA